GUCAUGCUUGUCAAAAAAUGUAUCGCGAGACCUACAUUUCAACGAAGCGAGUGUUAGAGGGCGAAGAAAAGAAGAAAAUUGCACUCGCCGCCGUCGUUAUUUGUAAUCAAACCAAAUAAAGGAGAGGAGGGAGGGGUUCGGAAAUCAAUAAACGAGGGCGGAGAAAAUGGCAGCAAUGGGGAGCUUGACCAGACGAAAGGCCUCACUCCUCCUCUCAACGAAUCUCUGCACCAAUUCCACUCCUCAUGUCUUCAGGUUCUCUCUCCUCUCUCUAACCUCCUCCAGGGGUUUCGCCUCCUCCUCGUCGGGAUCUGACGAUAACGAUGUCGUCGUGAUCGGCGGCGGUCCCGGCGGCUACGUGGCGGCCAUAAAGGCCGCUCAGCUGGGUCUCAAGACCACUUGCAUCGAGAAGCGCGGUACUCUCGGUGGCACAUGCCUCAACGUCGGUUGCAUACCUUCCAAGGCUCUUCUUCAUUCCUCCCACAUGUACCAUGAAGCCACACACUCAUUUGCCAGCCAUGGUGUUAAGUUUCCUUCUGUUGAGGUUGAUCUACCCUCCAUGAUGGCCCAAAAAGAUAAAGCUGUAUCUAAUCUGACGCGUGGUAUUGAAGGUCUUUUCAAGAAGAACAAAGUCAACUAUGUCAAAGGCUAUGGCAAGUUCAUCUCCCCAUCCGAAGUAUCUGUUGAUUCCGUUGAAGGCGGGAACACUGUUGUCAAAGGCAAGAAUAUAAUAGUCGCCACUGGCUCUGAUGUCAAGUCUCUACCAGGGAUCACAAUUGAUGAGAAGAGGAUUGUAUCGUCAACGGGAGCUUUAGCUCUUUCAGAAAUCCCAAAGAAACUCGUGGUCAUUGGUGCUGGCUACAUAGGGCUUGAGAUGGGCUCUGUGUGGGGCCGUCUUGGUUCUGAGGUCACAGUCGUUGAAUUUGCAGCAGACAUCGUUCCGACAAUGGAUGGUGAAGUUCGCAAGCAAUUUCAACGCGCCCUUGAGAAGCAGAAGAUGAAAUUCAUGUUGAAAACUAAGGUGGUAUCAGUAGACUCUUUUGGAAACGGUGUGAAGUUGACCCUUGAGCCAGCAGCUGGCGGUGAGCAGACCACACUCGAAGCUGAUGUUGUUCUCGUUUCUGCUGGGAGAGUUCCAUUUACAGCUGGACUCGGGUUGGACAAGAUAGGAGUGGAAACUGACAAGGUUGGUCGCAUCUUUGUUAACGAACGAUUUGCAACAAAUGUUUCAGGAGUGUAUGCAAUUGGAGAUGUUAUUCCUGGGCCAAUGUUAGCCCACAAGGCAGAAGAGGAUGGAGUUGCAUGCGUGGAAUUUAUAGCGGGCAAGGAAGGCCAUGUGGACUAUGAUUUGGUCCCUGGAGUAGUUUAUACACACCCAGAGGUGGCAUCUGUGGGAAAGACUGAGGAACAGGUGAAGGCCAUCGGAGUUGAUUACAGAGUUGGGAAGUUUCCUUUCAUGGCAAAUAGCAGGGCCAAGGCUAUUGAUGAUGCUGAAGGAAUCGUAAAGAUAAUAGCUGAGAAAGAGACUGACAAGAUUUUGGGAGUCCAUAUAAUGUCACCAAAUGCCGGGGAGCUCAUUCAUGAGGCGGUGCUUGCGUUGCAUUAUGGAGCAUCAAGUGAGGACAUAGCACGCACGUGCCACGCCCAUCCAACAAUGAGCGAGGCGCUGAAAGAGGCUGCCAUGGCCACUUAUGACAAGCCUAUUCACAUAUAGGAGAGGUGAUAUAUCUUCGUUUUUUCUUGAUCUAAGAGUCCUUUGAGAGUUUUGGAGUGACUUGCCAAAGGCUUUCUGAUUUCCGCCUGUCACUUAUCGAGCAGAUUACAAACAGAAAUUUGCUUUUGUUUUCUAUUCUUAUACAUCCUUUCAUAA